AUCUUAUUAUUCUAAUAAGCUUGUCUGUACCUAAAACUAUAACAUGUCUGAGUUUUUGCAGUUGACUCAUUGAGUUUGCAUCUAUCUAUGGCUAUGGCUAUGGCUAAACCCCAUCACCUCAUUCUCCUCCUUCUUCUCCUCUUCACCACUCUACAUUCUUCUGCUUCACCCUCAAAUCACAUCUACAACGUUGCUGAUAAUGUCCCAUUUUUCGUCAACAAACUAGGACCCUUAAACAAUCCCAGUGAAACAUAUGAAUACUAUGAAUUACCAUUCUGCAAUCCAGACCCAAUUGUGAAAGAGAAAGAAUCCCUUGGCGAAGUACUCAAUGGCGAUCGUUUAAGCAAUGGUUUGUAUGAGUUUAAGUUUAGGGAAGAUAAGAUUGAUGAAACAUUGUGUCAAAAGAAGCUUACAAUUGAUGAAAUUGGAAGCUUUAAGGAAGCUAUAAAUAGUGAAUUUUACUUCCAGUUUUAUUUGGAUGAUCUUCCAUUUUGGGGGUUUAUUGGGAAACUUGAAGAUCAAAAUUUGAUUCAUGGUGGGGGAGGAUCAAAUUAUUACCUUUUUACACAUGUUCAAUUUGAUGUUCUUUACAAUGGGAAUCGAGUUGUAGAAGUUAAAGCAUUUGGUGAUCCGAAUCGUGCUGUUGAUAUAACCAAAGAUGUUGUUAUUGAUGUUAAGUUCACUUAUUCUGUUAUCUGGAAUGCCACUGAGCGUCAGUUUGAGAACAGGAUGGGUAGAUACUCGAAAGCUUCAUUGCUUCCUAUGUAUCGUCAAGUUCAUUGGUUCUCAUUCAUUAACUCCAUUGUCAUCAUUUUGCUUUUGAUCGGUUUGCUUGCCUUGCUAUAUACGAGACAUUUGAAGAGUGAUUUGAAAAAGUAUUCUAAUGCAAAUGAAGAAGAUAGAGAGGUUGGUUGGAAGUCCAUUCAUGGUGAUGUAUUCAAACAUCCUCCAAACUCGUCCUUGUUUUUCGCUGUUGUGGGAACGGGUACCCAAUUGCUAAUCUUGCUUUCUUUUCUACUGUUUCUUGCAUUUAUUGGUACCCUCUAUCCAUACAAUCGUGGCGGACUCUCAAAUUGUCUUGUCCUUCUAUUCACUCUUUCAUCUGUUUUUGCUGGGUAUUCAACAGCAUCUUUCCAUGGCCAAUUUGCUGAGAAUGGAUGGGAGAGGAGUGUUGGUCUAGCAGGGAUUCUUUACAUUGGACCAGUGUUUGUUAUAGUCUCAAUCCUCAACAUUAUUGCAAUAUCGUACAGGGUUACAGCUGGACUCCCAUUGGGCUCCAUUAUUGUGAUUCUUAGUUUAUAUGCAUUUGUCGCAAUCCCUUUGCUUGCAUUCGGUGGAGUAAUUGGAUACCGUUUUAGGUCUGUGUUUCAGCGCCCCUCUGCAACAAAGAGAUAUCCGAAAGAGAUUCAACAGCUUUCUUGGUACAGGAGAACACCAUUUCAAAUGUUUAUUGGAGGUUUUGUGCCUUUUAGUGCAAUUGUCCUGCAAUUACAUCAGGUGUAUGCUAGUAUGUGGGGUUACAAAAUAUACACACUUCCUGGCAUUUUGGUUGCCACACUCAUCACCGUCGUUGUGAUUGUUGCGCUCGUAAAUAUUGGCUUGACGUACAUUCAACUAUCUGUCGAAGACCAUGAAUGGUGGUGGAGAUCUGUGCUGUGUGGUGGUUCAACGGCCAUUUUCAUGUUCGGGUAUGGUAUCUACUUCUAUGCAAGAUCAACAAUGAGUGGAUUCUUACAACUAUCUUUCUUUCUUGGCUACAACGCAUGCAUAUGCUAUGCUUUCUUCCUGAUAUUUGGUACCAUCAGUUUCCGAGUUUCGUUGCUAUUUGUUCGCCAUAUAUACCACAAUGUUAAAAGAGAGUGAGUCACCAAUAUCAAGCACAAAGCAACAUUUGUUACAUUACAUCAAAGAUGAACUCUUCUCUUUGGAAAGUGAAGUCUACACUCAACAAGGACAUUUGUGCUGGAAUUGUAUGCUCUAUUGAUUUUCACCCAAAUCAAUACUAAAUUCAUGACUUGGAAGAGCAUUGGGGAAGAGGUGAGUAGAAUGAUAGAGGAUAGGUUGUUAUAAUUGGAAAUCAUGUGAAUUAAGUCCCCAAGUUGUCUAUGAUAAAAACAUGUUUGGUUGCACAUUAACAUGCUUCCGCUGGGGGUCUAUUGACCGCUCUAAAGUGUGUAUUUGGUUCGAGUGAAAAUUGAAUCAAUUUUAAGUCUUCAGAAUCACUUUUGGCUUCUUACAAAAGUGAAUUCAAACAGGCACAAAGUGUGUUUGGAAAUUUGGCAAAUCAAGGUCACACCGCACAGUGAAUUAAAAGCUUCUAUGAAUUGCGGCCAAAGUUGUAUCAGUAUGCGAGAAAGUGGCUCUAAACAUGUUAUGAAACUCACUAGAAGUGUUGCUUUUGAUUCAGUGUGCGGUGGCACUGCAUUUUUGGUCUUUUCCAAAUGCAUGCAAGACAUGAAAAACUUCAUAAAUAUGAACAACCUAAAGCCAUUUCCUUGGUUCUAUUAAUUUAA